AUGUGCUUCCGGUCUCGAUAUCCUAGGUGCCGUAGUGGGGACCGGGCUUCUCUGGCUUGCUAACUCGGCUGCUCUGGAGGAUUAACUCGUGAUUGAUAAGGUACCUCUGAUUCAACAUGACAAGGUGGGCACGAGUUACUACCACACAUAAUAAGAGACCCUUGCCUGCAACAUCAUGGGAGGACAUGAAGAAGGGAUCCUUGGAGGGAAUAAACCAAAAUCUACCCAAUCGUAAACAACUUGAAGCCAACAGACUGUCCCUUAAAAAUGAUGCACCCCAAGCAAAACAUAAAAAGAACAAAAAGAAAAAAGAGUAUUUAAAUGAAGAUGUGAAUGGAUUCAUGGAAUACCUAAAACAGAACUCACAGAUGGUUCACAAUGGGGAAAUGACAGCAAUGGACAGCCAGGAAGUAAGGGAAGAAAUUGCAGUUGCUUUAAAGAAAGACAGUCGCCGGGAAGGAAGACGAUUAAAAAGACAAGCAGCAAAGAAAAAUGCAAUGGUGUGUUUCCACUGUAGAAAACCUGGCCAUGGAAUUGCAGAUUGCCCAGCCGCCCUUGAAAAUCAAGAUAUGGGCACUGGAAUAUGUUAUCGAUGUGGGUCCACAGAACAUGAAAUAACCAAGUGCAAGGCUAAAGUAGACCCAGCUCUUGGUGAAUUUCCUUUUGCAAAAUGUUUUGUUUGUGGGGAAAUGGGUCAUCUGUCCCGAUCAUGUCCUGAUAAUCCCAAAGGACUGUAUGCUGAUGGUGGUGGUUGCAAACUUUGUGGUUCUGUGGAACACUUGAAGAAAGAUUGCCCUGAAAGUCAGAAUUCAGAUCGAAUGAUCACAGUUGGUCGCUGGGCAAAGGGGAUGAGUGCAGACUAUGAAGAAAUUUUGGAUGCCCCUAAACCAAAGACACCCCAAACAAAAAUACCUAAAGUUGUGAAUUUUUAAUAACAUUUGGUACUGUUGUGCAUUACUAUCACAUUGUUCUUUUCCAAACUUGGGGUGCCUUACAAGUUAGGCUUCCUUAUAGUCAAGAACAGUUUACUGCAUUCAGUCCAUCAAGGAGUACUUCUGCCACUGUUUGGAGGAAAUCACUGAAGGAAAGCACAAUAUGUUUAAACUGAAUUCUCUGAAAGAACUUGUUUUAAUGACAAUUGAGUUAUACAGUUGAUAGUAUAUAGUUAUAUAGAUGAUUGUAAAUGAUCUUUUUUAAAAGCAAAUUAUGCAUUAAAGCAAACUACUUUUAAACAAAGCAUACUGCUUUGUGUUUUAAAUUAAUUUUUGAUUAUUGUUUUCUUGGUUUAAAAUGUCAGUUUAUUAUUAUAAUAGAAAUUUAUGAAUUGCUACAAAGUCUGUAUUUUUAAAAUAGUGAAUAAAAAUGCAUUUGCUCUUG